UUCAACACAACUACUCUGGUGUCAUGGGAAACCUGGAGCUGGCAAGACCUUUAUAGCGUAUGUACUCACAUUUGGGGCCAAGAAGAAGGGACAGUAUUGAUGUCUCGCAGGUCAGCGGUAAUCGACGAACUCCUUGCUAACCACAUGGAGCGGGAUAUUGGAGUUGCUUACAUUUACCUUGACUACGCCGACAAAGAAGCACAAACUCUCGAGAAUGUGUUUGCUAGUGUCCUCAAGCAGAUUGCAAUAUGUAAAGAGAAGGAAAGUAUCGAGGAAGUGCGUCGCCUGUAUCGCGCAUGUAACAUGGGUGCCCAAAGACCAGAAAUUGAUGCUCUGGUAGAAACUGUCAGGCAGAUAUCUCAGCAUUUCAAGCAGAUAUUUAUUGCCAUCGACGCUCUGGAUGAA